AGUGCAGACAUGUCUGCUGGCAGCAGUCUGCGGUCUGAAGAUCAGUCUCUGUGCUCCAUCUGUCUGAACGUGUUCACUGAUCCAGUCAGCACUCCAUGUGGACACAACUUCUGCAAGAACUGCCUCACGCAGCACUGGGACGUGAACGGAAGCUGCCAGUGUCCUGUGUGUGACAAGGUGCUCGAGACAAGACCUGAGCUUCAUGUCAACACGUUGCUCUCUGAGAUGGUCGCUCACUUCAGGCGUGAAGCUCAGCAGAAAGCCAGCAGCAGCAGCAGCUCAGAGCAACAAGCUGCCACACCAGGAGAAGUUCCCUGUGACAUCUGCACUGGAACCAAACCAAAGGCCCAGAAGUCCUGCCUGGUCUGUCUGUUCUCCUACUGUCAGACUCACCUGGAGCCUCAUGUGACAGCUUCACGUCUGAAAAAACAUCAGCUGGUGGAACCUGUGGAGAACCUGGAAAGCAGGAUGUGUACGAUGCACGAUAAACCUCUGGAGCUGUUCUGUAAGACCAACCAGACAUGUGUCUGCACGCUCUGCUCUGUUUUAGACCACAGGAACCACAAGUUUGUUCCUCUGAGAGAAGAAUAUGAAGGAAAGAAGGCAGAGCUGGGCAAGACAGAGGCUGACAUUCAGCAGAUGAUCCAGAAGGCACGGCAGAAGAUCCAGGAGGUCAAAGAGUCGGUGAAGAUGAGCAGAGAUGCUGCAGACAGAGAGAAAGCAGAAGGUGUUCAGGUCUUCACUGCUCUGAUGGAGUCUGUGGAGAGAGGCCUGAAGGAGCUCAUGAAGGAGAUCGAAGUCAGACAGGAAACAGCAAAGAAACAGGCUGAAGGUCUCAUCAGAGAUCUGGAACAGCAAAUCUCUGAGCUGAUGAAGAGAAGCUCUGAGGUGGAGCAGCUCUCACGGUCUGAAGACCACCUCCACCUCCUCCAAAGCUUCUCAACCCUCAAAGCUGCUCCACCCACCAAGGACUGGACAGAGGUCAGCAUCCCUCCACCAUCAUAUGAGGGGACUGUGGAGAGAGCUGUGGCUCAGCUGGAGGACACACUCAGGAAAGACAUGAAGAAGCUGCUUGCUGAGGCUGAGCUGAGGAGGGUCCAGCAGUAUGCAGCAGAUGUGACCCUCGAUCCUGAUACAGCACAUCCUGCUCUCCUCCUGUCUGAUGAUGGGAAACAGGUUCACUGCGCUGACGUGAAGGAGAAGCUUCCAGACAACCCAGAGAGAUUCUCUCAGUGUGCUUGUGUUUUAGGGAGGCAGAGUUUCUCUUCAGGCAGGUUUUACUUCGAGGUCCAGGUCCGAGGAAAGACUGACUGGGAUUUAGGAGUGGCCAGAGAGUCCAUCAGCAGGAAGGGGGAGGUCAGAGAGUGCCCUCAGGGGGGUUUCUGGACUGUGUGGCUCAGAAAUGGAAGGGAGUACAGAGCUAACGCCGGCCCUGCAGUCGAGCGCUGUCUCCUGCGCGGUCCUGAGAAGGUGGGGGUGUUUGUGGAUUAUGAGGAGGGUGUGGUCUCCUUCUAUGACGUAGAUGCUGCAGCUCUGAUCUACUCCUUUACUGGCUGCUCCUUCUCCCAGAAACUCCACCCAUACUUCAGUCCCUACCUGAACAACGGCGGGAAAAACUCUGCUCCUCUGAUCGUCUGUCCUGUCAAUCAAACUGAGCCCAUCAGACACUGAUUUUAUCUGAUCGGCUGAUUGAUCUUUACCCAGUGCUUCAUUAAUUCACUGACUGUGUGAAUCGUUAAUAAAAAUGACUGGAUGUGAGUUUUUCUGUCCUUUCCUCUGUUAUCACUGUAAACAGUCUCCACUGUAGUGUUCAGUCAUCCCACUGACACCAGAGCAGGAACCCCUGACUCCAUUUACAAAGACCAGUCUCACUACAACUACAGAGUACAGCCUUAAACUCCUCCCUGAGCUGGAGAGGACUCAGAGGAGGUGCUGAUUCUCCUGCCAGCUGCUUCACACUGACCUGAGAACAGUUCCACUGUGAGCUGGAGGCCAACAGGACCACAUCAUCCACAGAGAGCAGAGAGCAGACCCUGAGGCCAGCUUUGUGUUGCAUAUCUGGUAUUUAGAUAUGAC